AGCCACCCAGGCGCCCCCUCCGAAGGCUUCUAAUAAUGAUUGAAGUUGUAUUUUUCAGGAGCUCAUUGGAAUGGGGGCAUUGAAUUAAAUAUUAAAAAGUCAAAUAGUUUUGUAAGCCUUAAAAAAGCAUACCAGCAGACCUCGGAUCUUGUUCUCCGUAUCCCUGAUUAUUGGUCCUCAGAAUAACUAUUUUCAACAUCAAUAACUAUUUUCCACUUGUUUCUUCUAAUGCUUUCUUCUCCUCUAAAAUUACAGGCUUUUCCUUGUGUCUUAGUAUUUUCAGGUAUAGAUAGUAUCUGUUGCUUGGAAAAUGAGGAUUUAGGUCUCUUACAUACCACUCCCUCAAAAUAACCUUCCCUUCCCCAUCUGAAUAUGGGUACAUUAAAAAUUGUCACAUUAUUAAUUUACAGUAUAUUAAUGUUUACAUUUUUAUUACUAAUUACAUUACAGAGAACACAAUUACACAAUGCAUAAUCAGACUCACAAUUACACAAUAGUUACAUUAUUGCAUACAUUGAAAUAAUACUGCUUAUACUAUCAAGAAUAGGGAAAUAUUACAGGGAUAUCACCAGUGGUUGCAUUGGUUGUGCCUUCUUCAAAGACUUGAAUUGUCUGUUCAGAGGGAGGCUUUUUAAAAUUAUAAUUCCAAAGGGGGUGAUUAAAUUUUUCUGGGUGAUGGGCAUCGUUUUGAAUGAUAUGCCUGGACUGGAUCUGUGCCUGGACUGGAUCUUUAUGUUUCAAUUUAUUUUCUUAGACUUUGCCCCCUCCCUGGAAUUAACAAUUCAUUCACUCAUUCGGCCCCUAACUAUUAAAUUCCUUCUAUGCCUCAGGUACUUUUCCAGAAACGGGUACAGUGGUGAGCAAAAGACAUAGUCCCUGUCUUCUUGGAACUUACUGGUUCGGGGAAAUAUUAAGCAAUAAAGAGAAAAAUACAUCAGCGAUUAAUAAAUACUCUGAGAAAAAAACAGUGUAGGAUAUGAACAGUGGGAAGUACUGGAGGGAGAGAGCAGAGACUAUUAGCUCUUUCCCAUUAUCCAUUCUCCCUGCUGCUCUCUUUUUAAAAAAUUAAACAUCUAGGUGCAGCUGUGUGACUAAGUCCUGGCCAGUGUAAUGUGUUAGUGCAUUUAUAACCUACUAUAAGUGAAUCUAAAGCGGUGUAGGAGGAGCAGUUCUCUCCUUUGUUUCUUUCUUAUUUCUUCAUGCUGGAAUAUGGGUGUAAUGGCUUGACUUCUUGAAUUAUGAGGUAGAGGCCACAUGCUGGAGACGGGACAACAGGAGAGAAGAGGCCUAGGUUCUGACACCAUGGAACAGCAAGCUAAGAGUCCUGGACCGCCCAUCUCUGGAGUUCUUUUACAUGAGAAAUCGUCUUCUAGUUUAAGCCACUGCUAACGUACUUUCUUGAAGCAUGAUGAAGUUCUUUUUCAAGGACCCAGAACAUCCCAAACACCACGUCGGAAAAGCCCUGAUAGCAACGUGAUGCCUAGAAGACCAUACCCACAGGUUUAGUCAGUUACCCCAAGCGUGGAAACUUCCUUACUGCCAGUUUUCUGUGACUGAGGAGGGAAGAAGGCUGGAUAUCUCACUAUUUGGCAGCUCUUCCAUACAUAGUGAAUUAAGGAUCCAGACUUCUGCCUAGUGGUUUUGCCAUCCAUGGACACCCCAUCAUCAACUUCAUCUAGCCAGCAGAAAGAAUCCAGAGAAACAGACCUGCUCAGUGGGAUGGACGGCAAAGGCUCCUACCAGGUGAAGGGCUGGAAGCUCAUACAGCAGCAGUUUGUGGCGCUUCUGUGGAAGAGGCUGCUGAUUGCCAGACGGAGUCGGAAGGGAUUCUUUGCUCAGAUCGUCCUACCAGCUGUGUUUGUCUGCAUUGCCCUGGUGUUCAGCUUGAUCGUGCCCCCCUUUGGCAAGUACCCCAGCCUGGAACUUCAGCCCUGGAUGUACAACGAACAGUACACGUUUGUUUGCUUUCUGUGCCCCUGGAGAGAAGAGAGCUCAGGCAGACUGAGGGUGUUGACGCUGCUGAGGGCCAAGGGCAGGUGGACUCGAGAAUCACGCAGUGGAGUGCAUUUUAUCAGCUGUUCCAAAGCCCCGACACAGACUAAUAUCGUAUGCAAAGAACAGCAGGGAAUUGAACUUGAAAUGAGAGUCCUCUUUUGUCAUAUUUGAACUUUUCUCCUCUUUAUACUGGUAUUUCCAGCUACAGUUAUAUGUAUUUUAAGAAAAUAAUCUGCCCUUCUAAAAUCUAGGAUUAAGUUAUAAAUGUAUUUGGAUAUUUACAGCUAUGUGAAUUUUGU